AUGGAUGACCAGCCUGUAUUCACCUAUAAGCCGCUGGAGGUCCCUCUUCCCCCGGCACCGGAUCUCACCUUCUUUUCGGAGGCACAGUGGACGACCCUGUUCUCGUUGGCGGAUGCAAUUGUGCCCUCAAUUCGUACUUCGGCCACCGUCAAAUCCUCGACGGAUAAAGUGAUCUCGACCGCCGACUGGGACUCCGCCAUCUCCAAGCUGUCUUCCUUGAUUCCCGGCCCGGACGCCGCAAAGGUCGCGGCAGGAUACUUGGAGGAGGAUGCCUCGUCCAACCCGGCCUUUCGUGCAUGCGUCGAGCGCAUCCUGGGGGAUUACGUGCACGAGGAAGGCAAGAAUGGCUUUGGUUUGAUCAUGAACGCCCUCAAUACCCGCGCGGGAUCCUUGAUCUUGACCGGGUCCACCACCCCGAUACAUCUUCAGCCCAUCGCCUUUCGGGAAAAGGUGUUCAAAGGCUGGGAUACUUCUCGGUUACCUCCUCUCCGGGCGGUCUAUCGUGGACUGACGGCGACGGUGAAGAAGUCAUGGGUGAUGACCAGCCCAACUAUCAACCAGGUUCUGGGCUUCCCGCGGGUCCCCGUUCAUGGAAAGCCAACCGAUGGCUUUUCCUACGAGUUUCUGCAGUUCCCCGCCAGCGACGAGCCGGAGAUGCUCGAGACUGACGUGGUCGUUGUCGGCAGCGGCUGCGGCGGCGCCGUAACGGCGAAGAACCUCGCCGAGGCCGGUCUCCGCGUGCUAGUUGUGGAGAAGUCCUACUCGUAUUCGAGCAGGCAUUUCCCUAUGACCCCGAACGAAGCCUACGUGAGCAUGUUUGAAAAUGCUGGCGCAACCAUCAGCGAAGACGGCUCGAUGGCUGUCCUGGCCGGCUCGACAUGGGGUGGUGGUGGCACGGUCAACUGGUCCGCGGCCCUCCAGACGCAAGCCUACGUACGCCAGGAGUGGGCGGAUGGGGGUCUACCAUUCUUUACAUCGUUAGAGUUUCAGCGUAGCCUGGAUCGUGUCUGUGACCGAAUGGGUGUCAACACGGAGCACAUCGAGCAUAACCGACAGAACAACGUCAUCCUGGAAGGCGCACGACAGCUCGGAUAUGCUGCGAAGGCUGUGCCGCAAAACACUGGCCAAAGCGAGCACUAUUGCGGCUACUGCACGCUGGGAUGCGCUUCGACCGGCAAAAAAGGCCCAACUGAAACCUUCCUGGCCGAUGCGGCCAACGCAGGCGCCGUCUUCAUCGAAGGCUUUAAGGCGAAUCAGGUGAUCUUCGAGAAGAAAAAUGGCAAACGGGUGGCCAGCGGUAUCGAGGGCCUCUGGACGUCGCGAGACUCAUAUCUCGGCCUAAGCAACCAUGGUGCUGUGAAACGGAAGGUGGUAAUCAAGGCGAAAAAGGUCGUGGUGUCGUCAGGCACGUUACAGAGCCCGUUGUUGCUCCUCCGUAGCGGCAUCAAAAAUUCACAGGUCGGCAGGCAUCUGCAUUUGCAUCCUGUCAUGGGCGCCGGUGCGGUUUUCGACGAAGAAGUUCGUCCCUGGGAAGGAGGAGCGUUGACGACUGUGGUAAACGAGUUCGAGGACCUUGACGGGCAUGGCCAUGGGGUGAAGAUCGAGGCCGUGUCCAUGAUGCCGUCCGUGUAUAUCCCCGUCUUCCCGUGGCGCGAUGGACUGGACUAUAAACUAUGGGCGGCUGGUAUGAGUCGUAGUACCAGCUUCAUAACGUUGAUCAAGGAUCGGGACAGCGGUCGAGUCUUCCCCGACCCAGUGGAUGGACGCCCGCGCAUCGAUUACACGGUGUCUCCGUUCGAUCGACGUCAUAUCGUAGAGGGUUUGAUCGCUGCCGCCAAGAUUGCGUAUAUUUCCGGCGCGAAAGAGUUCCACACGACCUAUCGUGAUAUUGCGCCAUUCAUUCGCCCCGAUGCCUCCAAUCCCGAGGGCCCUGAGGGAACCAACGAUGUCGCUCUACAGAACUGGAUUGCGGAGCUGCGUCGCAAGUCGCCUUUGAACCCGGAACGAGGUUUGUUCGCCAGUGCACAUCAGAUGGGAACUUGCCGGAUGGGCAAUUCUCCCAAGUCCAGUGUCGUCGACCCAGAUUGCCAGGUCUGGGGUACGGAUGGCCUGUAUGUUGUGGACGCUUCGGUCUUCCCCAGCGCCAGUGGCGUCAAUCCGAUGGUUACCAACAUGGCAAUUGCCGAUUGGGCCAGUCGGAACCUUGCCCGGGUGUUGGGAAAGCCCCGAAGCGAGAGGAAUGGGAUGGCGCGUCUUUGA